AGGAGGGAAGCGGAGCCGGGCAGGGACCGAGGGCUCGGCCUGCUGGGGUGGCGGCAAAGGAGGGGUGACCCGGGGCCGGCCCGGGGUCUGUCCUGACCCGCUGACAGGGCUGCGGCCGCCCCUUGUUUCUGUACGGCUUUUCCCCCCGAAAAGAAGGCGUCGACAUGGAUGAAGAAGGCAACACCACCAGCCUUGAGGCUGUGCUACCAGCAGGUGGAACACGAAUUCUUCAGUUUGUAGAAGACAGAAUACAGACUACUAUGCUGACUGGAAUUGCAAUUGGAGCUGCAGUUGCAUUACUACUUAUAGCAAUUGUUGUGUUUGUUGUUUACAGAAGAGUGAAACAAUCUAAACAACUUCAGCCACAUGUGCCUCAGUACAGAUUUCGCAAGAGAGACAAAGUGAUGUUCUAUGGGCGAAAGAUCAUGAGAAAGGUUACAACUCUUCCAAACUCUCUGGUUGGGAACACUGUGCCUCGCCAAAGGAUGCGGAAGCGGGCAAAAGUUUUAUCUUUGGCUAAAAGGAUUCUGCGUAUUAAGAAGGAAUGUCCAACUCUGCAGCCGAAAGAACCACCUCCCUCUUUGCUAGAGGCAGAUCUAACUGAAUUUGAUGUAAAGAAUUCCCAUUUGCCAUCGGAAGUCCUAUACGUGCUUAAAAAUGUUAGGGUCCUUGGCCACUUUGAGAAACCUCUUUUCCUGGAACUGUGCAAGCACAUGGUUUUUGUGCAAUUGCAUGAAGGUGAAUACAUCUUUCGUCCUGGGCAGCUGGAUAACAGCAUCUACGUUGUACAGGAUGGCAAGCUGGAAGUUUGCAUUCAAGAAAGUGAUGGAACAGAAGUGGUUGUUAAGGAGGUGCUGGCAGGAGACAGCGUCCACAGCCUUCUCAGCAUUCUUGAUGUUAUCACGGGUCACCCUGCUCCAUAUAAAACAGUUUCAGCCCGAGCAGCCAUUCCAUCCACUAUAUUGCGACUUCCAGCAAGUGCCUUUCAAGAUGUCUUCCAGAAAUAUCCUGAAACUCUUGUUAGAGUGGUACAGAUCAUCAUGGUAAGGCUGCAGAGAGUAACAUUCCUCGCUUUGCACAACUACCUUGGUCUGACUACUGAGCUCUUCAAUUGUCAGAGCCAAGCCAUCCCGCUCAUCUCUGUGACAAGUGUAACAUCUGGAGGAAGUUCAAGCAAAGCAGUAAAAAGACAAGUGUCUAAUGUGUCAGAGGAAGAUCGUGGAGAAAAGUUCGAAAAAGCUGCGGAAGCACUGGAAAUAGAUACGUUGAAGCUUUCUGGUACAGAAAACUCUGAGCAUGUUUUCAGGAGAAGCCUUUCUUCACCUCCCUACGCAGGGUCUGCAGAGACUUCUAAUAAUUCCAGCAGUGGAAAGUCAGACAUGGACAUGGCGUAUGAAAGAGCCAGAGUGCACUUUGGCUCGGAGGACACUGCCAGCAGUCCUGUUGUGGGCAAGUCGAUAUUGAAGAAGACUGUGACGGUGACAGAAACUCCUUCAGCAGUUUUCCAUUAUAGUGCUGUUCAAGAUUCCUGUAAUAGCAAACAUAUUGAUGCCAUCGUCGAAGCAGCAAAGAAAGACCUUUCAACCUUGAUGAAACUUGAUGAUCCUUCGUUGUUGAAUGGCAAAGUGACACUGCAUCAGGUUACUGCUGGGACUGUGCUGUCAAGGCAAGGAGAUCAGGAUGUUAAUGUUUGCUUUGUGGUCUCGGGGAUGCUUCACGUGUACCAACGGAAGAUAGACUCAGAGGAGGACACUUGUCUGUUCAUUACCCAUCCAGGAGAACUCGUAGGUCAGCUUGCUGUCCUGACUGGGGAACCACUGAUUUUCACCAUCAAGGCCAAUCGAGACUGCAGCUUCCUGUCUAUUUCCAAGUCUCAUUUCUAUGAGAUAAUGCGGGAGCAGCCAAGCGUAGUUCUUGGUGUGGCCCACACUGUUGUGAAGAGAAUGUCCCCGUUUGUUAGGCAAAUUGACUUUGCCCUGGAUUGGAUGGAGGUUGAGGCUGGACGAGCUGUUUACAGGCAGGGUAACAAGUCUGACUGCACAUACAUUGUGUUGAAUGGUCGACUUCGCUCAGUUAUACGAAUGGAUGAUGGAAAAAAGCACCUGACUGGUGAAUAUGGCCGAGGAGACUUAAUCGGAGUGGUAGAGGCAUUAACCCGUCAACCUAGAGCCACAACAGUACAUGCAGUCAGAGAUUCAGAACUUGCCAAACUCCCAGAAGGAGCAUUGACAUCUAUCAAACGCAAAUUCCCCCAGGUUGUGACUAGACUUAUUCACUUGCUGGGUGAGAAGAUUCUUGGCAGUCUUCAGCAGGGAGGUCAUCCUCUUGGAUUACACAGCUCGAGUAGCAAGUGGGAUGCCGGAAAUCCUGCCAGCAAUCUCUCCACAGUAGCAAUUAUGCCAGUGUCUGAAGAGGUGCCACUUACGGCUUUUACUCUGGAGCUCAAGCAUGCUCUCAGUGCUGUGGGUCCUGCGUUGCUGCUCACCAGUGAUAACAUCAAACAGCGACUUGGUUCUGCUGCACUGGAUAGCAUCCAUGAAUACCGACUAACUAGCUGGCUGGGACAGCAGGAGGAUAUUCACCGUAUUGUGCUCUACCAGGCAGACAGCACCCUUACUCCCUGGACUCAACGCUGCAUCCGGCAGGCUGACUGCAUCUUAAUCGUUGGACUGGGGGACCAGGAGCCUACUGUUGGAGAGCUGGAGAGGAUGCUGGAGAACACUGCGGUCCGAGCUCAGAAGCAACUCGUCCUACUCCAUAAGGAAGAUGGGCCUCUCCCUUCCCGAACUGUGGAAUGGCUCAACAUGCGGAGCUGGUGUUCUGCUCAUCUUCAUCUCCACUGUCCACGCAGAGUCUUUUCCAAAAGAAGCCUGCCCAAGCUGAUAGAGAUGUAUGAACGCGUAUUCCAGAAACCACCAGACCGUCACUCUGACUUUUCUCGCCUGGCUCGUGUUCUGACUGGAAAUGCCAUUGCACUGGUGCUUGGAGGCGGAGGAGCAAGGGGAUGCUCCCAAGUGGGAGUUAUCAGAGCACUGAUUGAAGCUGGCAUCCCUGUAGAUAUGAUCGGAGGAACAUCUAUUGGUGCUUUUAUGAGUGCCUUGUAUGCCGAAGAACGCAGCUACAAUCAGAUGAGGAUUAAAGCUAGGCAGUGGGCCAUGGUUAUGAACUCAGUGUUUAAGACUAUUCUAGACUUGACAUAUCCAAUAACAUCUAUGUUUUCUGGAGCGGCUUUUAACAACAGCAUCAACAACAUCUUCAAAGAUAAGCAGAUAGAGGAUCUGUGGAUUCCUUACUUCACUAUCACAACCGACAUCACUGCCUCUGCAAUGAGGGUCCACACGGAUGGCUCUCUGUGGAGAUAUGUCCGUGCCAGCAUGUCUCUCUCUGGGUAUAUGCCUCCUCUCUGUGACCCGAAGGAUGGGCAUCUCUUGAUGGAUGGAGGCUAUAUCAACAACCUUCCAGCUGAUGUUGCGAGGUCCAUGGGUGCAAAGGUGGUGAUUGCGAUCGAUGUGGGGAGCCGGGAUGAGACAGACCUCACCAACUACGGCGACUGCUUGUCUGGCUGGUGGCUGCUCUGGAAGAGGUGGAAUCCACUGGCCGAGAAAGUCAAGGUGCUGAAUAUGGCAGAGAUCCAGACGCGGCUUGCAUAUGUGUGCUGUGUGCGGCAGCUGGAGAUGGUGAAGAACAGCGAUUACUGCGAGUAUAUCCGGCCACCCAUUGACCGAUACGGUACCCUGGACUUUGGGAAAUUUGAUGAAAUCUGUGAAGUGGGAUAUCAGCACGGGAAAACAGUAUUUAAUGUCUGGUGCAGGAGUGGGGUCCUUGACAAGAUGCUAAGAGACAGGCAAGAGACCUGCAAAUCCAAAACUGAUAACGUAACCUGUCCCACCACCUCUUUUACGGACCUGGCAGAAAUCGUGUCAAGGAUCGAGCCUGUGAAAGCACCUGUGGCAGACGAUGAGUCAGACUACCAGACUGAAUACGAGGAAGAAAUUCUGGACAACCAGAAGGAUGAUUAUAUCAAUUUCGUAAGCAACCAGGUUGAAGAAGACUCUGACUCGGAUGAAGAUAUGCAGAUAAGAAAGCGCAGGAAUCUCCCCAGUGUGGACAGCCAGGCAAGCAGCACAGGAGAGCCAGGCUAGCACUCAGAGUCUGACCUUGCUGGCUGAGAGCUACAUCCCAUUCAUACUGACAGCAGCCAUAUUUAUUUAUUAAAUAUUUAAAAAAAACAAAACAACGUCUAGUUGAAAUUAAGUAAGCUUUCAUCCUUCUCUAGACAGGGUAUGGGGCAUUCAGCUGCCAGUGCUAAGCAAAAAUAUCUGCAUCACGCCCAAGUCCCUUUGGACCUCCCAUGAAGGGUGGCUGACAUGUGCCAUACUCCCUCAUACAGGUGCCAGUAGGAGUGGCCGGUUGUUAAUCUCUCUAAGACUGGCAGAGGGGAAACGUGCUGGGAACGUGCAGUUAAAUGCUGCCUUGAUUUUUGCUGCUGUAUGUUCUAGUCGCUGUUUUUACUGCGAAGGCCCAAAGGAUGAUGGGAUAUUAUCCUGCUGUGUGCUGAAAAGGCUCUGAGCAGCAGCACUGGAGAGAGGGAGGGUUUUGUGGGUCACAGCAGCGUUGCUUUCUUUUCAUAUGAAUCGGGUAACUGUGUAAUUAACUCCUCAGUGACUUUCAACCUCGUACUUGUGAGCAGUGCUCUGACAGGAGCAAGUCUGAAUGUAUUUCACUUGAAAUCUAAACCUAAGAAAUCAAUUAAUGUGAACACUAGCUAUAGAGCCUGUAUCCUCAAGCCAUCAGAGAACAUUUAUGGA